UUUGAAAUCAACAUUUGGUAUCAGAGCAGUAUGAUCUAGGGCUUGUGAAAUUCAUAUAUAUAUAUAUAUAUAUAUAUAUAUAUAUAUAUAUAUAUAUAUUACGUAUUUACUCUUCUUCAUAUUCUAUGGCAUCAAACAAUUUCUCCAUCUCUAUCCCAUUGUUCAAAGGUGAUAACUAUUUUUCAUGGGCCAUCAAAAUGAAAGCAUAUAUGAAAGCUCUUAGUUUAUAGGACGUCAUUGAGAGUGACAGUGAGCCUACUCCUCUUCCAGGAAAUCCAACAGUAGCCCAAAUCAAGAAACAUGAAGAAGAAAUGGCACGAAAGCCAAAGGCACUUUCAUGUAUUCAUGCAGCAGUGUUCGAAGAGAUUUUCACAACAAUCAUGAGUUGUGAGUGUCCUAAAGAAGCAUGGGAGAAAAUUAAAGAGGAGUUCGAAGGCAACCAACAAACCAAACUUAUGCAAAUUCUCAACCUCAAAAGGGAGUUUGAGAUGGUGGGGAUGAAAAGUAACGAAGGUGUCAAAGAAUAUGGGAAUAGGUUGAUGUCCAUUGUCAAUCAAAUCAAAUUACUUGGUGGAGAUUUUUCAAGUCAAAGAGUUGUGCACAAGCUCCUGGUAACUCUUCCGGAGAGAUAUGAGACCAAGAUCUCUUCACUUGAAGAUACUAAAGAUCUCUCCAAAUUAACCGUCUUAGAAUUAAUCAAUUCUCUUCAUGCCGUUGACCAAAGGAGAUCAAUGAGGGAGGAAGAAAAUGGAGGAAAAAAUGAGGGACUCUUGUUAGCUAAAUCUUAAUUCUCAAAAGGAACUGGCAGCAAAAUUCAAUGCAACCAUUGUCACAAGGUUGGUCAUGAAGAAAAGGAUUGUUGGCACAAGGGAAAACCACAAUGCUUCAAAUGCAAAAGGUUUGGGCGUCUGGCAAAGAAUUGUAGAUUCCAAACUGAUGACGAAGUCUUGGCACAUAUGGUCGAGGCAGAACCUCUACUUUAGAAUUAUGGGUGAUUAUGUGCACCAUGGAGAGAAGUGCUCCAAAGUGUUUAUUUUGAUGAGACGUGCAUCAAAAUUUGGUGGUGGUGAGAAGUGCAUCACAUAUGAAGAGAAGUGCUUCACAAAUUUAAGAUUAUGGGGGUCAUUGUUGGAAUAAUCUUAAAUUUAGUUAUUAAUUAUUUGGUUUACUUAUUUAUUAAUUAUUUAUUUUUUAUCAUUAAAAAAAUAGUUUAUUUUAUUGUGUGCGUGGGUCAUGUUGUCAGUUUCACAUUUGAAAGUUUCUUCCGUAUUGAUAGGUUCAUGGAGUAAUAAUAGGAGUAGUGGCUAGAAACUGAUGUAAUGGCUUUAUAUACUUUUCAGCUUUGUUAUUUGUUUUACUUGAUGCAAUAUAAUGAAAAAUGGGAUGAUCCCAACAUCUGCUCUCAGUUUAUUCUUUUCGCUUACACCAUUACAAUUACCGGUCUUUGAAAUCAACAUGUUAACUAUCUAUUUAUGAAUUUAAUCUUUCAUAUCAUUAUAGGUGUUGGGAUAUAAGACCCGGCCUCGGGUUACUAAUUAUAUACGGAGCCCGACCAGUGAGGCCCCUUUCAAUCCAUUUCGGCCAAUUAGUGCACAAUUCUACCUCUCCCCCUUUUCAUAUUUAUCCCACAUGGCAUUUCCCCAGCAUUGGAGCUGGUGGUGCUGAGAGGUGGAGGGUGUGACGGCAGAGGCCUGCAUUUUUUUAAAAUACUUUUAGUUAUUUUAUUUUAUUUAUUAUUAUUUUUUAAGUUUUUAAUUACAUUUUUAUUUUAUUUUAUUUAUUUACGUUUUUAAUAUUAAGUUAUAUAUAUAUAUAUAUAUAUAUAUAUAUAUAUAUAUAUUUAUAUAUUUUUAUUAUAAAUAAAACUAUGAUUUUAUUAUUUAGGGAUUACAGUAAAGGAAUAGAAUUGGAAGAGAGAACAUAUAUUCCUUAUAAUUUUGGGAAUAAAAAGGGCGGUUGCGAUCGUCACUCAUUGAUUUAUAAAGUUGGAUUUGUUAGCUAUCAUCAUGUCCGGUUCUAUGGAGGACAUGUAUUAUUCAUGCAUGGCACUAUAUGACGAUGAAGAAAUUGAUGUUUAGUUCAACUCGUCAUUGACUGUGGUGGGACGUUUGUUGUCAGACAAACAGGUAAAGUUUUCCUUGCUAUGAAAUCUGGAGUACUUCUUCCAAUAACCUGACAUACUCCUCUCCCUUUAAGUGACGAACAAUUCUAGCUAGAUGCAAGUUUAUGAUUUCCCAACAUCCUUCUUUACGGAACAAAUGGCUCAAUUAAUCGGUAAUGCUGCCAGCAAGUUUGUCGUAGCAGAUCAAGGUAGCUUUAAAGGUAGGGGCUGGAAUUUAUGAAGCGGCAAACCGCCGAAGCAAUGGGUUGGAUUCCUUUUGACUUGAUCUCAAAUAUGAGAGGCUACUUCAAUGACUACAAUGUACCAUUAAUUUAAUGAUGUUAAGAUAAUGUCAGGUUCAUUUAGUAGAUUCACAAAAACCCCAAGAAAUUAGUUGCAAAAGAGAAACACAUUCUUAGCUUGGUGAAGGAAUGGAGGAAGCAAUUGAGAAGGUGACUAUCUGACUGAUGCAAUUAAAAUUAAACUUCCAAUAAUGAGCUUUUUAUCAAGAAAGCUCCAAUAUCUCCAAGUCAAACAUAUGAGUUGUGGAUGCAAUUGGGAUAUCAACAUUUCAACCACCACAUAUCCACAUUUAUCAGA